UUGUGUUGUUGUUUAUGUUAGUUAGUUUUUAGUUUUAGUGCUGUUGCUUCAAUUCAACGAUCAUGUGCCUUCGUUUGAACACGUCGCCUUUGCGGAUUAUGUGCUGACUUGUUCCGUUUCACGGUGAUACGAGGUUUCUGCUGCUUCAUGGAGAUCCAUAAUACAUAAUGGCCGAUCAAAGUUCAAAUGAAAACAGCAACGAGCCCAAUGAUGAAUUUUUUGACACCUUUUUUGAUGAUGGAGUGCUGGAGACAAUUGGAGAAGUUUUAGGUCAUCGAAAUAGUGGCACCUCACAUGAUGAGUCUUCCUGUGAAGCGCAAGUGCUGCAUGUCAAAGAUCCACCAUCUAUAACUGUUGAAAACAAAGAAAUUACUUUACCCCAAACUGACUUGGAGAAAAAAAAUGAUGGAUCGCAUGCAGAUGAUCAUCAUAUUAUUAUUUUAAAACCAGCCCACCUCAAGGAUCCUUUUGAAAACACAAGAACGGAAGACAUUCUAAAGGAAAGUGUAAAGUGUAAAGAUCCAAAAGAGAUGGUUCUAACUGAGAUACCAGGUACAUCUGUUGAGAUGGCAGCAGCAAGCAAGAAUGAUAGUGAAAAGAAGUCUUCUUUGUCACUGAAUCAGCUGCUUGCUAAGGUUCAGACAUUUUUGAAGGAGACUCCUGGCUCUGAAAUCAAAUCAAGUGAAAACAGCAACAAGCUCAUUGAUUCUCAUUUAAAGGAAAAUCAACCACCAAUGGUAGUAAAUAGAGCUGAAGAGGAAGUGAAGCAAAUUACUACCAAAACAUCGGAAACCCAUGACAAGCAGCUCAAUGUAGAAGGUAUUGAAGAAAAUGCUGAAAGUCAGACUGUAGUAAAAAACAAAUGUGAAAGUGCAGACACAGAGCAGGACGUAAAUGCAAGUACUUCCAAUCAAAUAGGCAGCUCGGGCUUAAGUUCAUCUCAUGGUAAUCUUUCCAGUAAUGAAUGCUUGGAUAUUGCUUCAAAGGAAUCACUAUCGAAAAAGGAUACAGUCACAGGGGAUGACUUGAGUUUAGAUGAAACUUGUUUGAAAAAUGAUAACAUUCAGUCAUCAUCGCCUGGGAAGAGAAACAAGAUAAAUAUAAAUUUGAAGUCUCAAAUAUUGGCUUCUACUUCUAUACUAAAUUCUGGUUCAUCAACUAACUCAGAACCGCAGCUUUCUACUCAAGGCAGCUGCAACAAAAUUCCAUCAAAGUCUCAUCAUGUGGUUUCAGACAUGUCUUCAACAGAUGAUUCUGAUUGGGAAUCAAAGAAAAAGAAGAAAAAGAGAAUGAAACGGCAUAGUGACAGAGAGACUUCCCGAAAUUCAAAAUCUUCAGACAAAGAGCGAUCAGAUCUAAAAUCUAAUGAAGCACAUGAAAAACAAAAGAAGAAAAAAAGAAAAAAAUCACCUGAGUAUAGAAGAAACAGAGACUACAAUAAAUCAUCUAAAAGAAAGAGAUCUCCAUCUCCUGCACGAAAGAACAUCUCAAGGAAAGAGUACAAAAGGGGGACUUCUCCUAAUCCAAAUAUGCGCAAUAAGCGCUGGCGCUCACCUUUCCCUAAUCGCUAUCCCAAACCCAAUUCUCACUCCCCAUCUUGUCAUCGAUCCAGGUCCAGAUCAAAAUCCCCUGUGCGUUACCGAUCAAGAAAAUCCCCAUCUCCUAAAAAAAACAGAAGAAGAUCGAGAUCCAGGUCACGAUCUCCAUUCAUUAAUGAAAUUCGCAGGCUUGAGAGGCUAUGGGAACAAGAAGAUGAAAAGAAAAAAUCUUCUUUUAACUCUGAACCUAGAACAGAAGUUCUUUCAACGCCCUUGUCAAAGGUUCCUACUUGGCAUGAUGGUGGCACCACCUCUACAGCUUUUGUCAGCAAAACUGUGGUGCAAAUGCAAAGUGCUUCUUUUACUUUUGGCCCUUCGACAGAUCAUAGUAAUCCAGCUUACCAAGAAGGGCCUGCAGCACUACUUGGACCUGAAGGACACAGUUCCUAUCCCGCACCACAGUCCAACUUAAUGUUCAAUCCUUAUGGAAUGCCACCAAUUGCAGCACACACAGGAGUAUCUGGAAUGGUUUCACACCAGUCAGGAGUUUCUGGAUUGGCUCCUCAUCAGUCAGGGCCAGGGGUUCCUGGAGUGGCUCCUUAUCCAGUUGAUUGUGCACCUCCUUUAGCACCACAGAUGGUGCCUCCUCCCUCCUCCAUAAUUUCCGCCAGUAACAAUAUCUCAGGACAACAAUCUAUUUUGAAAAGACAGUUAGACAUCCUAUUGUCUGUGUUGCCACCAGGACCAAUGAUGCCACCAGCGAUGCCACCUGGACCAAUGAUGCCACCUGGACCAAUGAUGCCACCUGGACCAAUGAUGCCACCAGCGAUGCCACGAGGACCAAUGAUGCCACCAGCGUUGCUACCAGGACCAAUGAUGCCACCAGCGAUGCCCCCAGUCAUGGCGGCAACCCCCAUGCUACAUGACCCAAUUAAUAAUCUUAGACCAUCCUUAAAGGCAGUAGAAAUUGAAAAUAUACAGUCACCAAAAAACAUUUAUCCUGAACCAGUGAACACAAAAAGCCCAUCACUAGGGCUGAUGGGUAGUAAUGGAUUUGCAAGCAGUAGCCGGCCCCCAUCAAAAUCAAACUUUGAUGAUGUUAUUGAAAAGAGUUCACCUCAUUCAAGGGAAACUAACUCUCAAGACUUCAGCAAAGCAAUAGAAACAGUAAAUGACAACUCCUCUUCUGAAUCUCAUAAGUCAAAAUCUGGAGAACCUUCAAACAAUGUUUGUGAGGUACUAGACAUUCCUCAGUCAAGUAACUCUACUGAAUAUGAGCCUGAGAAUGAAGAUGUGAUUGGUGUGCCUGUGGAAGACUAUGACUCUGACAUAAUAAUCGAAGAACCUCCUCCUAAACCACCCAUUGAACUUAUCUGUCUCUCUGGAGAUGAAGGAGAAACCAUUGUUCCUGAGAAUGAUGAACGCCGUGAGAUUCAUCCCAGCAAUGAAGAAGGUACAUCAAGAACAAUCACUAUAGAUUCAACUCCCCCAGAAACAGAGUGUGCAAUGACUGAGGCACCACCGUCUGAAGUACUUGUAACCUCAGUGUCUUCUAGUUCGCAAAAAUUGAAUCAAACUUCAAAGGAAAGUAGAAGUGCAAAACAAUCUAGCUCACAAGUGUUGUCAAUAGAGAAUGCUUCUCCUACAAAGCACUUUGACCCUACGAAAUCGCGAAAAAGAAAAUACAAGAGAAGAAGGAGAAAAAGUUCCUUAGAGAAUAAACAUGUAGGAAAGGAAAAUCGAAGUGAAUCAGAUAAAUUUCAAGCGUCAAAUGAAGAUCAGAGUCAAGAACCAAAAAAGAAUUGUGAAAGUCAUAAAAUUCAUCCCACAAAUGAAGAAAGUAUGGAAGAAUUAAGUGAAGUGAGGUCAGAAUCAAUUUGUGUACAAGAACCAACUUCUCAAGAAACAUCAUCUGCAGCAACCGUGUCAGAACAUUCUGAAAUACUUUUGAUCCCUGAGUCUCGUACUUCACAAACAUUGAAAGAAGCUUCAAAUGAGAUAAAUAUGGAAAAGCAAACUAGCCCUCAAGUGAUUUCAAAAGAUUCGCAGUGUGCAAUCAUAUGUCUGGAUGGAUCUCCUAUGAAGGAAUGUGAAUCACUGGAAUAUCAAACCAGAAAGCAGAAGAGAAAAAAAAGGAAAAGAAGUUCAUCAGAGGAUAAGAGGCAUCGAAGAUUAGGGAAAGAAAAUCAGAAAGAACCCAAAAACUUAUUAGUGUCUAAUCAAGAUGAAUGUCAAGAAUCUGUUUUGAGAGAAUGUCGCGAAAUGAUAGAUUCAUUGCGUAUUGGUCGCUUUGCUGUUAAAGAUCAAGACUGUGGUGAAAGUGAGAAAAACGGAAAUUUCCUCCCAAAAGAACCAACUGGGUCUAAUUCUCUUCUUUUAGAAAAUAUUGUGCACUUUUCAUACACCAAAAAUUUGAAACCAGAAUCAUUACCAAAGGUAAAAGAUGUGUCCACAAAUACAACUUUCCGUUUGUGCUUGGAUGUCUGCACUAAUACUGACACAAAUGUAACAUCCAAAGACUGUAUGCUUCAAACUGACUUUGAAUGUCCACAGUGCACAGAGAAAAAGGAUUUAAUUAGAGAUAUGAAUGCUCAAUUAAUGAAAUUGAAGAAGGAAAGGGAUGAUCUUCUUGCCAUUGUCGUAGGUCUCGGGAAAUUUCAGACAAUUCCAGGUCUGGACUGUGGAGACACCCCAGUCAAUGACAUUCAUCAUCAAUCUGGUUCGGAAUUCACUUCUGCUGAGCGUGUGUGUGUAAAAAAUGGCCCUUCAUUACCUUCUGAACAGACCAAUUGUAAUUUCGAACUUAUGCCACCUGCUGAGCCAAUUUUUGCAUAUGACUACAACCAUUCUUCUCCUUCUCGAAGUGGUGGUCGAUCAAAGGCAGACUCUUUUUUGUGUCCCAAGAAGCCAUUCCAAUGAAUCUCAAAUUGAAUCUCUGAAAUAUUGUAGAUGGUCUUGUUUUUGUUGUGACUCUCCUCCUUUAGAAAGACCUUUACCACUGGUAAAGAAUUAAUUUUAUGAGCAAAUUUUUGUGCAAUGUCAAUAGCGUUUAUUUUUUUGUCUCAAUGUAAAUACUAAAUCUCUUUUCCUCUUAUAUUUUAUUCUUAUCUCUCUAUUUUUCUGGUGCUUGAUCAUGCUGAUUAAAUUUCUUGCUCAAUGGUUUGUUAACCAAAACAUAAUAAAAAAUAUAGCAAAGUUAUUUUUUAAAAAGAAUUUUAAUGGUAACAUUCACAAAAUAUACAUUUAAUUUAAAAAUCAUUUAAAAACCUAGCUAAUACAUUAUGAAACUUAAAUUGCACUGCAGUCAUUAGCAAACUAAAUGUAAGAAUGUAACUCCUACAGUACAAACAAAUCACAAUUUAGAAUGUGACAUGGCUAGACACCCAUGGUGAGACACAAACUAAUUUGGCUGUAGAUCCUUUUGAAGGAUAGUGCUUUUGUCAGCUAUAGCUCUCCUGCUUGGUGUCUGAUGGAAUCUUCAAGAGCCAUCACCGAGGUACUUCUGAAACGAUUAUACAUGAUUACACAGUGUCUCAGUGUUCUACAAUUUCAAAUGUGGAUGUAAUGAGUUACUAUAAAAGCAUUCCAACUUCCCAAAUGA